AUGGUAGAAGAAAAAGAGGUAUUCAUGCAAGUCCAUGACCAUCAUUUAUUGAUAAAUGACUUGAAAAAUGAAGAAAUAAUUCUUCCUGAAACUUUUGUGGGUGGUUGCUUGAUUGAGAAACUUCCAGAUUCAUGGAGAGAUUAUAAGAAUAGUAUGAAACAUAAGUUGAAGCAAGUGAGCUUAGAAGAUAUGAUAGUACAUAUUAGGAUUGAAGAGACGAAUAGACUUAGAGAUAAAGUCGAUACGGCCAAGGAAUUGACAUCCAAGGCUAAUGUUGUUGAAAACCAAGUGGCUCCUCCUCAACCUAAGAACAAGAAACCAUACUAUAAAGUUGGAGACAACAAAAAUCCUCUUAAAGCCAAUCUAGCUGAAGGAGAUGAUGUUAUUGUUGCUGUGGUUGUCUCACAAGUGAACAUGGUUGCUGAAAAGAAAGAAUGGAUAAUUGAUUCUAGGGCCACAAAGCAUAUUUGUGGAGAUAGAAAUUCUUUCUAUAAAUACAUACCAGUGAGGGAUGAAGAAGAAUGUGUUUACCUUGGUGAUUCCUGUUGUACUCCUAUUUUGGGAAAGGGAAAAUUCUUCUCAAACUUACUUCUCAGAAAACCCUCUCACUGA